UGAGAGGAGCAGUAAGAGGUGCAGUGAGAGGAGCAGUGAGAGGUGCAGGUGCAGGCCCAAGGAGAGGGCAAGGUAGAGGUGUAAGAAUGCGUGGUGGUGGCAUUCCAAGGGCUGCAAGAACAGUAGUCAGUGAUGAAAUUCGUGCCACUAUCAUUGACCAUGUAAUCAACCACGGUCUCUCACUAAGAGAGGCUGGUGAAAGAGUCCAACCCAAUUUGAGUCGGUCAACGGUUGCCUCCAUUAUUCGCAUCUUUCAACAAACCAACAGAAUGCAACGUCUUCCACCCUCUGGGGGAAGAGGAAAGCUCCUCAAUAAUGAUCAAGAGCUUGCCAUUGUAGAAAUGGUUGUUGCAAAUAAUGCAAUUAAACUGCAUGAAAUCAAAACUAGAAUUGUGGAGGACCAUGAGAUAUUUGCCAAUAUAGAAAGCAUCAGCCUCACAACCAUUACGCGGACAUUGUCCAAACACCGAGUGCGGAUGAAGCAGCUCUACACUGUUCCAUUUGAAAGGAACAGUGAGAGAGUCAAGGAGCUACGACGACAAUAUGUCCAGAGAGUUAUGGAAUUGGAAGCCAACCAGGCCCCUCAUGAAUUCAUUUACAUCGAUGAGGCAGGAUUCAAUCUGUCCAAAAGGCGUCGACGUGGACGAAAUAUAAUUGGAAAAAGGGCCACAGUUGAUGUGCCAGGACAGAGAGGGGCAAACAUUACUAUGUGUGCAGCAAUGGCAAAUACAGGAUUACUCCUUCACAGAUGCCAGGUUGGACCUUAUAAUACUGAGCGCCUCCUUGCGUUUCUUAAUGAUCUCCACCAGCGCCUGGUACCAGAGCAGGGUCAGGAGGGUGAAAACUUGAGGACCUUUCCAUGGAUGCUGGAUGCAGGGAUAUCACAGUUCAAGAUUGCCAAGGGUGGAUCCGACAUACCAAGCGGUUUUAUCCCAGGUGCAUCGCCUUAG